GUUGGAAAUAGUGGUUCACACUGACAUAAAUGUUCACGAAGUUACUUUUUCAAUGUACGCUUAAAUAUUUAUUUAUUUUAUUUUAUUUUUUGGCAAGAACAAUCUACGCUUAAAUAUUUAUAAAAUCGAACUUUUAAUAUGCAGAACAUUUCGAUUUAGGGUUAAUUUUGGACAGCUUCACUGUCAAAUUGGGAUCAAAAUGCAGAGUCGAUUCGUAUGAAAAUCUAGAAACGGUUAACAAGGGAGCUGAAGAACUCAAUUAAAGCAGGUUCAAUUCUACAUUUUUCAUUCCAAACUCCGUAAUUUCCAGAAUUCCAGUCCGAAAGUUUCUAAAUCAGGCAACUCAAUCUGAAAUAAGUAGAGAGAUUCCGGCGAGAAAAUGGGUGGCGACUUGUUUGGCGACUUACCGCCUCCUACUUAUCAUUCAUCUCCUUCUCAAGAACAAUCUCUUCAACUUCACAAAUCUGUCAAAAUCAAUGAAAUUAAUACUACUAAGGACUCAAUUCCCCUCCCUCCACCUCCUCUUAAAAGCGCCUUAAAAAGCGCCCUUAAACGACCCGUCCCUCCGGAAUUGACCUCCCCAAAUGAUAAUGGAUCUAAAAAGAAAUUGAGCUUUAAAACCACUACGGAUGCAUCUGUAUCGCAAAUUGUGGAGGCCAUGCAAAAGAUAGCAUCACAUAUUGGGAACCCUGCUAAGUUCAACAAAGCUUCAAAUUUGGCUAUACAGUUGAUUGAGGCUGGAAGUGUCAUACCUGAAACAGCUGAUCAAUUUUUCGCCUUGCUGGAAGCAGCAAUGCUUUCGCCUGCUUCUUGUAAUGAUGCUUCUGUUCGAUCAGAUUAUCAUGCAUUGUUUUCGGUUGCACAAGAUGCAAAAGAAUGUCUGAAUAAGAAGCAGAAGAAUCGGCUAACUGCGUGGACUAUCCAUGCCGUGGUGGCAAAUGACCUGUUUACUGAUGAUAGCUUUGUGUUCUCAAAAGCAGCUGGGCGUAUCAAAGAUUUGAUAUCCAAUCUUCCUGUUGCAACGAAGGAAGAAGAUGCCAAGGAAGCUGCAGCUCUGCAAGAUGAGAAAGAACGGGCAAGUAAAGACAUUGGGUCAGAUCAAGAGACAAUUUCUAACAAGAGUACCCUGGAAGAAGAAUCUGAUCCUUUUGGGCUUGAUGCUCUUAUCUCGAGUAAACCGAAAAAAAUUGACAAAGCUAAAGAGAAACAAGAGGAGGAAGUAGAGGAGAUGGUAUUCCUGAAGCUUCAAAGAGAAGCCUUAAUAAACUGUUUGGAGAUUGCCGCUAAGCGAUAUAAAAUCCCAUGGUGUCAAACCGUCAUCGACAUACUCGUGAAACAUGCCUAUGAUAAUGUAUCGAGGUUUACUUGUCAACAAAGGGAUGCCAUCGGGAAACUGUGGACUUCAAUACGGGAUCAACAUACUCGUAGGAAACAAGGGAAGUCUGUUUCUGGUAAGCUUGAUGUGACUGCCUUUGAAUUUCUUCAGGAGAAGUACUCGAAUGAGAAGAUUAGCAUUCGACGUGCUGUUGGGGGUAAUGGUGAACGCCGUUGUCAACAAUGGCUCGGUUGAUCUGAUUUAUAAUUCUAGUAGCCUGUAUCUUUUACACUAAAUUGGUUUUCGCUAUUUGAAAUGUAGCCCUGCUCAAUGAGAGGAUAGACUGUACUCUUCAACUGUAUAUACUGUAAUUUUAGUUGUAUUACAUUUCUGAUUUUAGCCUUAUUUUUCGGAGUCA